AUGGCGUGCGGCACCUUUCAUCCGCCCGCACGCGUUGCUGGAGGAGACGGUCAGCUGCCCCCAGUGCUCGAGACUCCGCGCGUGAUGGCGGCCGACGCGGACGACGCACCGCCGCGGACGCACAUCCUGUUCUCUAGGCCCAUGCGCGACGAGGACCUCCUGCUCGCCACGCCCUUCGACGAGGACCUCCUGCUCGCCGAGCUUCCCGCGGCGGGCAGGGCGAGGCGGCCGCCCGCGGCCCUCCCGCGCACAACCCUGCGGCGCCCCGAGGGCCUGCCGGCCAGCGGGCUCCCGCCCGUGACGGCCGACGGCGCUUCAGCGACGCCGCGCUCCUGGGACGCCCCCCCCCCUUCGGCCGCCCCCGAGGCGCACGGGGCGCGGCGCGCCUGGGCCGCCGGGGCGCCGCGCACGGCGUCCGGCCCCGAGGGAGCCCACGGCGACGGCCCGCCCGCGCGGCCCGCCCCAGGGGGGCCGCCGUCGGCCGCGAGGUCUGGGGAGCUCGCGCGUAGCGUGUCGGAGCAGCUGAGCUCUGGAGUGGUGCCCCUCUCGCUCUCCCCCUGGGCCCCGAGUGGCAGUCCACAGGGUCGCAUCUCUCUCCUCCCGCCCCGAGGAGGAGUCCACAGGGUCGCAUCUCACCUUCCGCCCCGCUCCGCGGCUCGGGCCAUCUGCGCUCGGGCCUGCGCCGCAUCGUACAGGGGCGCGCGGCGCGCGGGGCAGCGGCGCAGCUUGAGACCUGCUGCAGGGCACUUCGCGGGGCGACUCCGACGACGACCAGAAGACGAGUGCCGGAGCAGUGGUGCAGUUUAA